CCACCAUCAUCCUGUCUCAGCUAUCCUGUGAAAGUGGGUGUGUGAGAGAGUGUGACUGCGUGUGUGAGGCGAGCACUGUCCAUCUCUUCGUUCAGUCCCUCACCACACCAUCACGACACCUCUACAUGCCCUCACCACGCCCACGCCAGCACUCAGCACGGUAAAAGUGACUGCAGAGAGUGAGAUGAGGCAACGAGACAGGCCUGUGAUAAGUGAACGAAAGAAAAAAACAAGUGAUAUGGAAGUGAUAAUGGAAAGAAGAGCAAACCAAAACAAAGAGACCAGCUGAGAGAGAGAGAGAGAGAGAGAGAGAGAGAGAGAGAGAGAGAGAGAGAGAGAGAGAGAGAGAGAGAGAGAGAGAGAGAGAGAGAGAGAGAGAGAGAGAGAGAACUAGAACAAGAAGAAGAAUUAGUAGUAGUAGUAGUAGUAGUAGUAGUCUCAGCAGUAGCAACAACAGUAGAAGAAUCAGUAGAAGAAGAAGAAGAAGAAGAAGAGAAGAAGAAGAAGAAGAAGAAGAAGAAGAAGAAGAAGAAGAAGAAGAAGAAGAAGAAGAAGAAGAAGGAAGAGGAGGAGAGAGGGGCAAAAUAACAGUGCUACCAAACAGAAAACAAAGAGAACGAUAACACUCGACAUUUCAGGAAGGAAUUGAAAGAGAAUACGGAUAAGAACAAUUGCAAGAACCGACGGUUGAACGAAGAUACCACCCAGUGUGGAGAGAGACGGAGUGACAGGCAGAUAAGCAGGCACUGGCUCAAUAGUAAGGAAGCGGAAACCAGACAGCAUGAAUGAUGAAAAUGAAGUGUUAUCACCUACCCUCCCUUCCCUGGGAUCUUCACGGCCACGCCCACGGAGGAAUCACAAACUAUCAGCAACCAGCUCCCUUUCUCCUACCUACACCUCCCUGCCGAGUCUGUUCGAGGAUGAAAAGCUGUCGGCCUUCUUCCCCUCGCUCUUCCAACCCUCCGCAGACCUCCCGGAUUCACCUUCGUCCGCGCCAUCAGUCCUGAGGUGUAAUCGCGGUGAAUGUUACAGGUAUCCUUCGAUUCAGGAGGAAACUGAAGCCCUGGAUGAGGAGAAGACGAAUGAACAGGAAAAAUUGGAGGUGGAGGAGAUAGGAAGGAGUGAGAAAGAUAAAGAAGACGAGGAGACAAAGAAGAAAGAUGAGAAAAGAGAUGAGGAGAGAAUGGAGAAAAAGGAGGAGUGGGAUGACGGGACCGGGAAGGAAAAAAAACUCAUAGAGACAAGGAAGGAAGAGGAUAAAGAGGAGGAGGAAGGAAAGAAGCAGAUGAAUAACAAGGUAACCAGGGAAAGUGAGUGCAGUUGUUCUUCAGUUGUAGAUGAAGAAGUUUUCUAUUCCCUGGAGAACGCCCCCUGCCCUCCCCAGCCGCGCCCUGCGAGCCACCCACCCUGCCUUACGCCAGACUCCUUGCCCGAAUCCUACUACACAACGAACGAUGGACCAUCGACGGAGAUCCUGUCCUCUCCUCAGUCAGGAGGCUAUGAUGACGAGGAUGUGCCCAUGAGAUUCGUGUAUCCGCCAAAGAUAUCUCGACUCGGCAGCAUAUACAGUCACCUCACCUACAGCACCACCGGGUCGUCCAGCUCAGACGGUGAGAGUGACACUAGUGCUACUCUGCCCAAGAAAGUGACCAUGCGUGUCAAGGAAAAGUGCAGCGAGAAGGGAGACGUUCGUGAUGGAAAGCACGCGUGGUCUGCGGAGUUCGAGCGACGCAACAAGACAGACACCGCUAUUGGUGAGGUGUCCAAGAACUCUCAGGCUUGUAGAAGCUGUAUAAACCCAAUAGAAAGCAGCGACCAUGCUAAGAAGGUACCCCCGGCCAAGCCCCCGAGAUUCCGCGUGUCCAAGAGGAACAGCAACAACGAGGACAAGAGGAAGAGCAGAGAGGACCCCGUCCGGUACAAAAAAAUCAGUGACCAGGACAAGCUGAGUGCGAAAAGAAGCGCCUCCAUGACCAACAUUCUUGAGAGUAACCUCGAGGUGACGCACGAGAGACAUCACCGGCUCUCUAGAAGCCCCGCGAAGGAGGUGACGGGUCUCCUACACCCUCACACCAAGGAUCAAGGGGAGAAGAAAGACCGGGAGAGAUACAGUAGCUUCAGAUACAAGGAUGCUGCCAAGAUCGUCUCCUCCAUCAUGUCAAAGAAGGCGCCGUUUCUUCAUCGCAAGGAUGCCUCCAAGUCCAAACACCAUCCUACAAAGAAAACGGGUAAGGAGGAGCCGCCAUCAUUGCUACCACCACCAUCGCCACCACCAUCAUCACCACCAUCGUCACCAGCACCACCACUACCACGACGACUACCACCACCAGCAUCAGCACCACUGGAACUAGCACCAGCGCCACCAGCACCAGUCGAGGAGCCGAAGCAGAAUGACACCGCAUCGGAAGCCACUAGGCCUUCCAGAAAACCCCGGCACAAGGACCAGGAGACCCUUCCCUUAGGGUCCCUCGACAAGGCUCAGGAAACGUGUCCCUCACACGGCGCUCUGUUGCACUUCUACUGCGUCAAGUGUCGCGUGGUAGUGUGUCGGGACUGCACGGUGGUGGCUCACUCUCAAGGCGAAAACCACAAGGUCCUUGACACCCUGGACUCCCUGGCCACGCUGCGCUCUGAGGCGGUGACCAUGCUGCGCCACUACACUAUCUUAGACACCAUGCACGCCUCCCUCACGGAAAUUUACCGCAAGUUUACGCUUCAGCACCGGGAUGUGGACAUGGGGGCGAUGGGGAAGCGUCUGGAGGAGGGGAAGUACCUGGCGGCGGUGGUGAAGGAGGCGGAGCAGAUGGUGACGACGUGGACGAACCUGCACCAGAUCCGAGAGUGUGUGAGUCAGUGGGAGGCGCGGCAGGACAAGUGGGGCGACCUGGUGUUUCUAGCCUCGCGCUGCGCCCUCCUUGCCAAUAUGUGCUUCCCCUCAGACACGGUGCAACUCAGGCUGGGGAGUUGGGUGAUGCCAACGCCGUGGAUACAACUUAGUCACCUCCUGCAGCCUUAUCUGAGGGCGUCCACACCUCAGACCUCCUCCUCGCACAGUAAAGACGGUCAGCUCAAACCAGGCGGUAGUGAGAGGGCCCUGAAGAUUCCGUCACCGGUGCAGGAAGCUCGGAAGCGGAGUGGCAGCCCUUAUGGUGGAGGGUCAAGUACAGGCGGCACGGACCAGCCCUUCCCCCACAACGCCCGUCAGAUGGUUCUCUCCAACCUGGUCCCGUACAUCAUCCUCAAUCCGGACAUCAGGUACUUCAUGCACGUGGGGGGCCCACGGGAUGUGGACCUGACCCUGGUGGUGGUACCUGUUGGCGACCACGCCCGUAACUGUCUGCAGCAACGUCGCAGUAUCGCCGCAAAGUCUCCAGAUAUGCUGUCCAAGGCCAACCACCGCCCCCCCAUGGAUGCUAUCACCCUGAUGGAGCAGCAGAUGACGAGCGGGUUGUGCAAGACUCGCAUCACGGCCUUCUCCAUGCCUCUCGGUCCCUCCGCAACCUCCACUGUCGUGAAAGUGACUUUUACUGACGUGAAGGUAGUGGGAGAUGGACAAGGGCUGCCGGAGAUUGAGAAUGGCUUGAAGCGAGGAGACUUGAUAGUGGAUCACGCCUCCAGUGGGCGUUCCUCACUGUCAGUGGUUGUGAGGGACAUCGGGGACUUCCCAGGCCUUCGCCUCGGCCGCGUCACCUGGGGCAUGGAUAGCCUAGCGUGCCUCGUGGACUCUGAGGACACCAAACGGAUGGAAUCUAGCAGCUUGCGGGCCAAAAUCAAGGCCACCGUGAAGCGCGAGGAGGAGGCGGUGUAUGAUGUGGUGUUUGGCAUGGACUUGUAACCCUCACCAGAACAUAAAGGGAGCUGCAGUAAGGCAGCAGGCCUGCGCGUGUCACUUCUUGUAGAAACUACUCCAACCUUCAUAUGUUGAUCUACCAUCCCCACUCCAUAAAUGUCUUAUUAUUUGAAAACUUUUUUUUUAUUUUAUUAAUGCCAUUGUAUUAAGCUUGAACCCAUUACUUCCAUCCUCAUUACUAAUUCUAGGGAUUGUUACUACAUCACCCUUACUGUAGUAUUCCUUGUACCACCUGUAAUUUUUUUUUUUUUAGCAUUUUAACUUUGACAUAGAAAACUGCAGAUACAGAGCUAUUUGAAUUAUCUUUUAACAUGAACUUGCCACAAAACAUUCUCAAAUUCCAUUAGAAGUGUCGAAUUGUGAAUCUCAUGAAUGCUCAAGUGAAGCAUGGAACCUCCUUCUGUGUUCAUCUAGUUAUUAUGACAAAAAUCUAGUUAGCAAUUACGUGAAAACAUGACUGAAAAUCAGCAUCACCAAAAAAAGUAAAUUAGAUGUAGCCUAUAACAAGUACACGCAUAUAACCAUACUAUUUUCCCAACACCAAACGUGCGCAUUUCGAAGCCCAGACCAAAGAAAGAUGCAAUAAAAGUAGUACAAGUA